CUGAAACGUCAACAUGAUAUGAAUGAUCGAGUUUCGUAGUAGAAUUUACUAAAUUGUUAACUUCAAUUGUGUUAUAUUUAAAGUAUUGAACUUUGAUAAAUAAAUGAACGAAAAACAACUAAACAUUAGCAAGUGGUUUUAAAAAUAUGUAGUGAGAGGAGAUUAAUUUAGGACCGUUUUGUUGACUUUGUUGAUAUUAUUAAAUUUUAUUAAAAUUAGUAACAAUGUCUUUGCCGGGCAAUGGAAUAUUUGUUGUCCAGGGAGAGAUGUCCAUGCUGGUUACAGCCAUGCGACGAAGCACUCGAUGGGGUUCUCAUUCCUUUCCAAACGAGGAAUAUGAUGUGCUGACACGAACAUUUCAGGACCUGAAAACAAUCUUAAACCAGGUUGAUGAUUUACGUCUGUUAGACCCUUUGACGUAUCUUAGUCCUUUUUUGGAGGUGAUAAGAAGCAAAGAAACUACUGGGCCUGUAACAAGUCUUGCUUUAUCUGCCAUACACAAAUUCCUGUCUUAUGGACUUAUAGAUCCAACUCACCCUAGCGUGCCGGCGACGGUAGAGGAUAUAGCCGAUGCAGUAACUCAUGCGCGUUUUGUGGGAACCGAUCACUCUUCAGACGGAGUGGUGCUGUUAAAGUUAUUGCAGGUUCUUCACACACUAAUGCUCAGUCCGGAGGGCGCUAUGUUGACCGAUGAGAGUGUCUGUGAGAUAAUGCUCAGCUGUUUCCGAACAUGUUUUGAAACCAGAUUAACAGAGCUUCUUCGUCGUAACGCAGAGCAAUGUCUCCGCGACAUGACGCAGUUGAUUUUCAUGAGGUUGCCGCAGUUUCCAGAGGAUUCCACAUCAUUUACCUCCGUCGGACUGUCACUUAAGAGACGAGAUCGGACCAAGAAGAAAAUUACUGCCGCUAACAGUACCAACUCUUUAGAUAGGAAAACAUCUAACAAUGAUCAAAUGAGUCAAGAGGUCGACGUCGAAGAAGCCAAGCAAGUAUCGACACACAAUCAAGAUAAAAAUCUUUUGAACGAAGCCGAGAUAACAAUAGAACCGGUGGAUCAAGUGAAGAGUCCCAAGAAACACGCUCGCCACUCGUCGAUGGACCUCGCUAGCAACGCGUCCAUAACACACGUGUUGGAGAAGUGUGUUAACACAGAAGAUAACCAGGAGAACACACAGAAGGACACCGCAGAGAACAUAGAAGAGAAGAUUGAAACUGUUGGCGAAUCAAAUACAGCAGAUGAAGGGCAAGGCGACGCUCAAAAGUUAGAAGAAUAUGUGAACCACAGAGGCAUCAGGUUCACCCAACAAGAAGAAUCCUCGAACCUGCAACCAUAUGGACUGGUCUGCGUCAAAGAAUUGUUCAGAUUCCUGAUAUCUCUGAUCAACCCCCUGGAGCCUCAGAACACGUCAGCCAUGGUGCAGUUGGGGUUGAGUUUAGUGGGUACGGCUCUGGAGGUGGCGGCCGAUCACCUGGCUAAGUGCCCCGCUUUAUUGGGACUCGUCAGAGACCCUCUCUGCAGGAACCUCAUCAGUUUACUCGACACGGAAAGAAUAUCAAUUUUCGCACUGGACCUGCAGCUGUGGUUCCUCUUGUUCGAGGCGCUCCGCGGCCACCUCAAGUAUCAAAUGGAAGCGUUUUUCAAGAAAAUUAUCGACAUAAUUUCAGCUGACGCGACCAAGUCCAUAUACGAAUUGAAAGAAAUACACCACAUCGCCUUGGAGAGCCUUUGUCAAAUGUUCCGGAUACCAGGACUUUGCACGGAACUGUAUCUGAAUUUCGACUGCGACGUUUACUGUACUAAUAUAUUCGAAGAGUUUACAAAAUUGUUAUCUAAAAAUGUCGUCUCUUCGACGGCUUACAAUAUUCACACUAUGUCGUUGGACGCUCUGAUGACUUUGAUCGAGGCUAUAGAGGUCGGGACCGCCCCCAAGGAGGACGUAGAAGUGGGAGAGGUAGAUGAUCAGAGGGAGAAAGAAGACCGUGUAGGACAUGUCACGUUGGAGCUCGGCGGCAUGGACGACGCGUCAGUCGUCAGCGACCACGUGACCCACGACAUCAGUCAAUAUUUUGUUGCUAACGCGAGACAAAUGACUCAAACGGAACUGCCGUCGGACGAGGAACUGGAUCACAUUAAGGAUAUGAAAAAGUGGGUGACUCAAGGCACUGAGCUGUUUAACCAAAAACCGGAGAGAGGAAUAGAGUUCCUAUUGGAGCACGGAGUGCUGUCAACGCCGUUGGAUCCGAAGCAGGUCGCUAUGUUUCUGAGAGAGAAUCCAGAUUUGGAUAAGAAGAUGAUAGGUGAAUACAUCUGUAAGCGGUCAUCUCGUGAAGAAGACUCCGGACCCAGCAUCCUGUCGGCGUUCGCGGAUAGUUUCGACUACACCGGUCUGAGGAUCGACCAGGCCUUGAGGCUUUACCUGGAGACCUUCCGUCUUCCCGGAGAAGCUCCAUUGAUAUCACUGGUUAUGGAAAAGUUUGCUGAGCGGUGGCAUCUAAGCAACGGCGAACCGUUCGCCAACGCUGACGCCGCGUUCCGCCUGGCGUACGCCGUCAUCAUGCUCAACGUGGACCAACACAAUCACAACGCCAAGAAGCUCAACGUGCCGAUGACGGUCGAGGACUUCACGAGAAACCUCCGAGGGUGCAACGGCUCUGACGACUUCGACCACGAGUUACUGCAGACUAUAUUUCACGCUAUCAAGAACGAGGAGAUGAUAAUGCCGGCGGAGCGUGUGGGUCCUCUUCGUGACGCGUAUCUGUGGCGAGUGCUGCAGCGGCGCUCGGGUCGCACGCUUCUGUCCGCGCCGCCCGCGCCCCACAGACUGCACGCUCGACUGCUGCCGCUGGCAGCGCCGCCCGCGGUGACAGCGUUGUCGGCGGCGUUCGAGCGCGCCGCGCCCCCGUCUGCGGAGGACGUGGAGUCGAACAACCUCCGCGACUGUGCUGCCCUCAUAGCGCUGUCGGGGCUCGAGCGCUGUGCGGCGCUGGUGGCGAGGCUGUCACCCAAUACCCUCACCUUGGACACGGUCCUGUUGACGCUGUGCAAGUUCACUGGCUUACUGACGCCGCAGCACUCGUCCUAUAUAGCCAUCGGCGUGUCUCUCGGACAGUCGUCCAAGGCGAUGUGUAGUGUCCGACGGGCUUGCGUGGUGGCGGCCAGACACGCGGACUGCUGUCGCGACAGUUGGCGACACUUGCUCGAGAUAGUCAACACCCUGUAUGUAGCGAGGUUGCUGCCCAAAUGUUUGGUGGAGGCCGAAGAUUACCUGUCUCCUAACGGGACGGUUUCCUUGAUACGAGACACGUCACGCGGCACAGAGAGCGGCCUCCUCUCCAGUAUAUAUUCGUACAUCGCGCUCGGAGAGAGCGGAGUGCGAGCCCCCACUCCUCAUGAGAAGAGUUUGAUAGACGCGGCCGCGGAGUGCGUGUCCAAAUGUAACUUCCCCGGCAUCCUCAUAACGGAGACCAGGUUCCUGCAGAUGGAGAGCUUGCAGGAGCUGGUGUCGGCCAUGAUAGCUAUCGGCGCGCCGCCCGACUCGGACAGUCUCCAACUAAACCCUCAGCUAGAAGACAUCACUAUAUUUUUCCUGGAGUUACUGGGUCAGACGCUCAUACAGAAUAGGGACCGCGUGAUUCAUGUUUGGCCAUCCGUCUCACAACACAUGGAGCGUGUGGUCCGUUGGGCGGGUCGAUCCCAGCACACUCUGACCCGCGCCUUAACCGCCCAGCUCCGUAUAGCCGCUCGGUUAAUGCGCUGCGAUCAAUGCGCGCCUCUGCUCUUGCAGCAUCUCACUUUGCUGUACCGCCUGCCCUAUCGACUCUUCUACCAGCAAGCCGAUGUGAUAUCGUGCGGUCUUUACGAGCUUGUUAAAACUUCAGCCCAGAAUAUCCACAAUGGAAGCGAGUGGAGUAUUUUGCUGUCGCUGUUGGCGGCUGCGGGUGCCGGCGCGUGGCCCCGAGUACACGUUAACACAGGAUCGAGUAGGUCCGAAGCUUCAGAGGAUGAAAGCGAAAAGCAACCGACAAGCAUCUCGUCGGACAGCGAACUGUCCCACUCACCGCACACACAAGGAUGGAUUGUUGUGAAGAACGAAACAGUCGCUACAAUAGACACGCUAGAGCUAGAGGUCGAGCAGGUGACUCUACGAGCUCACCGGAGUACCGCUCUAGCGAGGUGUGUUGAGGCUCUAGCUCUCGUGAUCAGGGACGUAGCUCAUGUCACCCCCCACAAUUGUAGAGCAGCCGUGCGAUGUGUGCGCCUGUUGGCACGUGCAACUCUACAUUCAGGAAAAAGUCAAGAAAAAGGAUCCAAAAGCGGUUCCAGGAGACGAGCUCGAUCCGACUCGAGUGAUGACGAGGACUCCCUGGACCACUACCACAUGGUCAGCAUUCAGCUGUUAGAUCUGAUGCACACCCUGCACAGCAGAACAGCUCAAAUAUUCAAGUGGUGGAAGGAUGAAGCUGACGCAGGACCGGCGGAAGAUUACGACCUUUGGGAAGUUGCCUGGAAACCUCUGCUGCAAGGGAUCGCCGAGUUCUGUACUGACAGGCGGAAACAGGUAGCGAACAGCGCGAUCGCCUAUCUCCAGCGAGCUCUGCUAGCGCCGGCGCUGGCGGCGCUGGGCGGCGCUGGCUGGGAGGCGUGCUUCGAACAUGUCCUACUACCGCUGCUACACGACCCCCCGGCUCGCCCUGACGCCGCGGCACGAGCUGAUACCGUCAUGUGCAAGGUGUUCCUCCAACAUCUAUCAGCUCUGAGUUCUCGGAGAUCUUUCUCGUCUCUGUGGUCGAAGGUCGCCUCUGUUCAGAGGUCGUUGUUGUCGAGCAGUGCCGAGCCGCUCCGGGAGGCGGCGCUAGAGUCGCUCAAGAACAUGCUGCUCGUCAUGCACUCCGUUCGGAUCUUCAACGACGGUGACGGCUACAACGACCUGUGGUACCUCACAUGGGAGAUUAUUGGAGAGUUCCUACCGAACUUGAAGGAAGAACUGUUCCCUGAUGCUGACGACACUAAAGCUCCGCCGCACUCCGCGAGCCAUCCGCAGUCUCCAGCUCCACUUCUCCCCAGCCUGGUGCCAGCUGGACAGACCAGCGCGCCAAUGCUUCCAACGCCAACACAAUCUCCAAACAACAUUACAUUGGCCGCCAACCCACUCCAAGCCCCCACUCCAUCCAUCCCGAUCCAAAUACAGAGAUCAUCAGCGAAAUCCCCAAACAUCCCGGUGCCCGCUGCGGCCCAGUCGCCUGUCAAUUUAUCACAAUCGCCACCACACGCCCCGCCAUUGAUCGCGCCAGUGCCCAUCGCACAAGCCAAUGCCGAGCCAAUGGUCGGCCAGCCGAACGUCGUCACUCCUAUCAGCGGGAUGGUGCCGAUACGGAACCCUCUGUAUGAUCAAGCCGGGUUAACAUCGUCCGUGCUGCUGCAGCCCUUGAACGAGAUGAUUUCAACUCCUAUUGGAAUAUCGAUACAGACACAAUCCCCCAUACUCUGUCCGCGCCCCGAGCCUGUGCUAAGCGAAAAUAGUCACAAUUCCAAAGAGAUAGAAUCCACCAAAGGAGAACUAUAUAACGAAUACAUUACUAACCCCUACACAGAAAUCAAAGACCUGUCAGACAAAGAGGCCACUUUAUACGAUCCGGAGGAAAACCGCCACGUCCCCGUUACGGAUCCGUUAAUACAAAAAUCGUUUAGUGCGAAUGUGACCCCAAUGCACACCGUGAAUAAGGCUCAAUUCGGCUCAACGGACAACGUGAGGCAGGAAUCCAGCAUAUUUAACUUUUCAAACUAUUUCGGAUCCGUGAGUGAGAAAAGUUCUGAAGUUUUUGAUACGCUCAUGUCGGCUCAAGAAGGAUAGCACGACUUCGAGGCUGACAGAGGAACCUGGCUUUGAAUGUGGACUCGUUUUGUUUCAUUGAAAUCGCCCGUCGCUCGUGCUCAUGACUACAUACAUUCAAUGCAACAUUUAAGAUAUCUUAACCGUAAAAUCUCUUUAUUUCUGCAUAGAUUAUUUUAGAGACCAAUUCACACAGCCUGUUCCGUGGGACGUUUAGCGAGAAUUUACACGGAGCAGAUAUAAAGAUCGUUUCGAUAAGAGUUUCUCGGAGACGUUAUUUCUCGCUUGAUUAUUAUUUACUUCGACUUUGGAUACAAAACAUAAAAAUUCCACAUAACACUCGGGCUAGUCGAGGGACAAUUUUUUUUAUUUAUUUUAUGUUACUGUAUAAUAUUAUUUUCCAGUCACGUUUCAUUCUUCUGUAACCAGAAGUCUUUUCAAAAAAAUCCACUUUCUCGUAUAUAUUUUAAUCAUAGUAAAGAAUUAUUUAUAUGUAAAAUAUAACACAGUCAGUAAGACUUAGAGAAAAUAUUUUAUGAACAUUGUAAAAUAGAUAUGACGUAUACAUGAUAUAAUGAAUACAAAUAAUCAGAGGGCCUAAAGUAUUAGAUAAUCUGUUUUUUUCAUAAAAUCUUAAUUGGGCUGUGGUCAGAAAUGAUUCUUUAAUUUAAAUUUAUUUAUUUCACUAAUAUUUUAAUAGAAACAAGCGGCGCUCAGCUUAAAUUAUAAAAAUUGUUUUCAUUAUCAAUUUAAUUUUUAUGAAUUUUAAAUCAUUAUUUCUCAAGUUACAUUCCACGCUCUGUAUGAUAUAUGUAUACAAUUUUUCUUUAUUUUCUGUUGUUUUUUUUUGUUUUUUUUCUUUAUUUUCUUGAGGGUUACUAAAUUGGGUCUGGUGUACAUCCUGUAAAUGUUUGAUUGUUUAGAGAUAUAUUAUAUGUAGUGUUUAUUUAAUAAAACGUGUCUAUCAGAA